AUGGAAUAUCUUGGUACUCUGAUGCUAGGUUUUGUAGUAACUGUUGUUAUUACAAAGAUAUGGCAACUGUUUAGGGUUCUGUUAUGGAGACCCUAUGUCUUAACCAAAUUGUUCGAGAGCCAAGGCGUUAAAGGGCCAAGUUAUAAGCUACUUUACGGUUCUCUGAAUGAGAUAAAGAAGUUGAAAAAGAUUGCGAGAGAAACGGUGUUAGAUGUAAAUUCUAAUGAUGACAUAACUUGUAGAGUUCUUCCUCAGAACCACAAAUGGUCAUCAGAAUACGGCGAUACAGUGUUAUUUUGGAACGGUACAGAGCCAAGAAUUAUAGUAACAGAACCAGAGCUGGCUAAACAAAUAUUAUCAAACAAGUUCGGCUUCUAUGUCAAACCAUAUAUUAAGCCUGUAUUACAAAAGCUCGCUGGUAAAGGGUUGAUUUUGGUGGAAGGAAGAGACUGGGUUAGGCACAGAAGAAUUCUGAAUCCUGCCUUUUCCAUGAACAAGCUCAAGAUUAUGAUAAAGAAAAUGGCAGACUGCACAAUUUCAAUGCUCGAAGAGUGGCAAACGCGUGCAGUACUGCAAGAAACCGAAAAUUGCAAGAUAGAGAUGAGUGAAUCAUUUCAAGAGCUUACGGGUGAUAUAAUUGCGCAUACUGCGUUCGGCAGCAGUUAUCUUCAAGGAAAAGAAGUUUUCAAAGGACAAAAAGAGUUUCAAAAACUUCUUGCAGUUGCAUUGACAGACAUAAACAUCCCUGGCAUACAGUAUUUUCCUACUGAAUCGAAUUUGAGAAUAUGGAAGCUAGACAGGAAGGUCAAGAACACAUUAAGUAAUAUUAUACAGAAUAGAUUAAAGGCCGAACCUUGUUCUGAUGGGUGUUACGGAGAUGAUUUACUCGGUCUGAUGAUCGGAUCUGCGAUACACAAAUCGAAUGACGAGAAGAGCCAAUCUAGUGCAGAACUAAGCAUGGAUGAAAUUAUGGAAGAGUGCAAAACAUUCUUUUUUGCUGGGCAGGAGACAACAUCAAGUUUACUAACUUGGACUAUUUUCUUGUUGAGCAAACACCAAGAUUGGCAGGAAAAACUUAGACAAGAGGUGUUGAACGAGUGUGAAAUGCAAGUUCCAGAUGCAGAUAUGUUGGCCAAAUUAAAAUUUGUGAACAUGGUUCUACUUGAGGCUCUGAGACUGUACAGCCCGAUAAUAGCAUUGUCUAGGAAGGUAACAGAGAAUAUAAAAUUAGGAAAUCUGACGAUACCAAAAGAUACAUGUCUCACCAUUCCACUUGUUCAAAUUCAGAGAAGCAAAAAACACUGGGGAGAAGAUGCAAAUGAGUUUAAUCCAAUGAGGUUUGCGAAUGGGAUCUCAAAGGCAGCAAAACACCCGAACGCAUUCCUAGCAUUUUCAAUGGGUCCGAGAGCUUGCAUCGGCCAGAAUUUUGCUAUAUUGGAAGCUAAAACAGUGCUCGUACUCAUUCUUCAAAGAUUUUCAUUUUGCUUGUCUUUUGAGUAUAAACAUGCUCCGAUUGAUCAUAUUACUCUUCACCCACAGUAUGGCAUGCCCAUUGUUGUAAAACCCUUGCAUUUUUAAG